ACGAGGAUACAGAGAGAAAGCAUUCGACCGUGCGAGACUCAUACAGCAUUCAUCGGCCCUAUACGCAUACAGACCCAUUCUAUGGAUAACAGUUCUCGUAAUAUACUACUUUCACAUGCAUCGUUCGUUUUACCACAGCAAACUUGAACGAGGAAAGUGAGCAAAACCAGACGCCAAUGCACACCGGGCCCUCCACAUUAGAAUAGAAUAGCUGUUGGCUCGUGUUUAACCAUGACGUCGUCUGCGAUAUCUCGCCUCGUUUUCACCGUGUGUGUCAUCACUAUCACGGAUAGAGCAGUUGCAAUAAGAAAUGGUGAUUUACGGCUCGUCAGCGCCAACACAACCAAAGGCUGGGUUGAGAUCUAUUACAACUCUGAGUGGUACUCGAUAUCCGGUCAGUUCUUAAUCUAUGAUGUAUCCAAGGUAGUGUGCAGACAGCUCGGUUUGCCCUUCACCGAAGCAGUAGAAGUGGACGAUCCUUAUGUGAAGAGACCCCUGGAUAACGUUGGUGUGCUGUCUACCACUGCAUUCUGUGAUGGGGACGAAGCCAGGCUUGAAGACUGUCGUAAUUUCGACUGGAGCUUUUCUCAAUUCUACACCCAUGAUUAUGAUGUUGCAGUCCAUUGCGCAGGGGAAAAUAUAAACACUGGCGAUCUGCGACUAGUUGGUGGUGUCGACGACCGUAGUGGGCGCCUCGAAAUCUUCAUGGGAAAAGCCUGGGAAUCAUUCUGCAGUGUAGGAUUUGGUGUAACUGAAGCGAUGGUGGCAUGUCGUCAGCUUGGCCUUCUAAAUACUUCUGAUGUAGAAUUUUUCCCUGAUGCGUACUUUGGUAGGGGAAAUAUAGGCGAUGGACCUUACAUUGCUCGCUGUACUGGUGACGAAGAGAAGAUUGAUUCCUGUUCUUCUUUUUAUCGCUCCUUCCAUUCUGUGAAUUAUGAUGAACUUUUUUGUUCCCACUCUCAGGACGUCGGGAUCUGUUGUCCAUCGGAUAUAGGUGGAUGUGCCGUAACUUACAGUACUAGUGGAACUUCUGUCGUCGGCAGCAUCGUUGGUUCUAUUAUAGUGGUCGUUGUUGUACUUCUUAUCAUCGGCUGUUGCUGCUACUGCUGUUGCAAAAAGAAGAAAGGAAAGCAACAGUAUACGACAGUGGUUCAAAAUCCAGCCCCUCAGCCAGCUAGCGGAGGUCAGCAAGCUCCAGCACCAACGUCGGGAAGUACAGCACCACCUGUUUACUACCAUGGACCCACACCAGGUCAUCCUGCUGUGAAUAUUGGCCAACCUAAUACACAAUCCUAUCCUAUUCAAUACCCUCCUACUGGUCAGGCCAUGCCUCCACCUGCACCCGUUGCCGGCAAUAUCCCAUACCCUCCGCAGACCAAUCCAUACCCCACUGGGCAAGUACCCCCACCUGCAGCAGCUGGCAGUACCCCGUACCCUUCACAACCCUAUCCAUACCCCUCUGGACAGGCUCCUCCACCCGCAGGUGCAUAUCCUACACCACCUCAACAACCAGCUUACAAUCCCACCGCUGCCACCGGUACAUAUCCAGCUGCACCUUAUCCUCCGCAGGCUGCACCCACAGGACCAGCUUAUGGUGCUCCAUCUGCAGAACAGUCAUAUCCCACCAAAGGAGAUGUAGAUCAUCCUUUACCCUCACAUUCUGCAAGUGGAACACCGAGCGCACCUCCAAUGGAUAUGGGAAGUGGGCAAGGGGAAAUUCCGAGUGCGCCCCCGCCAGCUUACGAGCAUCUUAUUGGAUGAUGCGGAUGAUUAGGGCUAUCUAUGCAAAGGAAAGAUUACAGAGAACACUUUUGUGUUAUCCAUGUCAUUGUUAAACCUAAUUUCUGAUCAUCACACUAUUGAACUGAGGACCUGCCAUUAUAAAGGUAAUAUUUCUCUUUUCAAGUCAGUAAAGCUGACAAAAAGGGUACCCAUUUACUGCUUAUGGUAUACCAUCCUUUCAAACUCUGCCAUUUUCAUUUAUCAAUAAAUAAAUGUUUGAUUUCGUAUAUUUAUGUAUUUGUUUACAUCACUCCUCUUUUAUGACUUUAUGAUGUCCAUAGGAAGAAUAAAAUUAAGUUUAUACAAUUUGGCAAUAUAAAGGAAAUUGCUAGUCCCUAACUUAUUUUAAUGAUGGGAUUCCUCUUUUACUCGAAUAACUUGAGUGAGUAAAUAACGGUGUACAUCUGAGCACUGCCCAGAUACAGCAAGCAUUAUUUUGUACACGUUUAUGAGAGUAUUAUAUCCCAAAUAAUUUCAAAUCAUUUUUAUGUGGUAAAACUAAGUUACCGCUUAAUAGAAGAUACAUUUAAAUAGAAUACAAAUACUGACUUGCCCCAAAUCGCUACUUGAAACUGCCUUUCAUUCGCAAUAAAAGAGAAAUGAUUUAAUCUAUCUCCCUUGUCUUGAAUUAAAAAGGCAUAUGACGAAGAAAAAUGUCUUUCCAUCACAAUUAAAUGAUUGCCUGUUAAUUCCAGUAAUCACUUUGUAGGAAAUUAAUCAAAAAUAAAGAGAAUAAGACUACAGUGUAAAAUAAUGAAAUCAUGGGGUGGAUAAAAUAGUUGGGAUGCCAAUUAAUAAAAUAAACUUUAUUGUAACUUUCAAAACGCAUUACUCUGGCUUAAAUUAAUUUCUUCAGUCUCCUGUUUCUCAAAAAGUGUAGAUAUAUCACACAAAAUUAUACUUUAAAAAUGAUAUACUGUUCAUAAAUUAUGUCUAAAAGUAAAUAUUCAUCAUUCAUUACACGAGGAUGCAUGUAGAGAACAAAAAUUACAAAAUUAUAAAUAUUUUUCAUUUUAAACAAUAUUUGUUUAGUGUGUUUAAAUAUAAGGUAAUUUAAAGCGUUUUUCAUCAAAGGAAGAUGUUCGAAUUUACAUUCGCCUACUUUGAGUUCCUGUAUGUAUCUCAUAUUGAUUUAUUUAUCAUUAAUUAUGAUGGCUCUCAUCAGGUCUUUAGAGUUGUUUGUAAAAAUUUUGUAGAAACAAUCGAUUGAAAUGUGAAAGUUUUGAUCCCAACAACUGUUUGUUAUCGAUUUUUUUACAUUGAAUGAUUAUUGGGUACUAGAUCUAUUUAAUUGUAUAUACAAUAUAUGAUACUCUAAAUCAUUGUUACAUGUAAUUUUUACAUACGUUUGAUAUAAUCAAUCAAUGCUAUAUACAUAUUGAAUGUAUUGCUGUAAGUUUCAAGAGUUUGAUAAAGGCAUCAAAGGACGUGACUUGGCCUUGACCAACGGUCAGCAUGUAUGUAUGUAUGCUAUAACUUCAUGUUUUAUUUAUAUUGUGUGAUGAGGGUAAUAAUGAUGUUGAGAUCUUUCACCUGAUAAUGCGGCUCACUAUCUAUUUUACUAUGUAGUAUUUUGCCUUACUUGAAUGAAGACAACCCAUUGGCUCUGAAUAGACCAUUUUGUAGUUACUUCAUGGGAAAUUUUGGUCAAAUGGCCUUUCAUUUCUUUCAUUAUGAUAGGCAGAUUUCAAAGCAAGAUAUUAUGUAAGCUUGCCUUACAUAGCAGGAUGAAGAAAUUGAUUUCAGGUGACUAGAAUAGCACACCAAUGUACACACAAAUGAAGUACUGUAUUUGUUGCAUUUCUAUGCUGUAAAUGCAUUAACAUUUUGCUAUAACUAUGUAUUUGGUCAACUGAAAUACCAUCAUUGGUGGAUGUAUUGUUUUUUUUAUGGAUCUGGUCAAAGACACAGUUCAGAAGAGUAUGUUAAUAAUCAAGACACUAAUGUUUGUGCUUAACUCAUUAGAUAUCAAACCACCGUGUCACCUCAGCAUAAAUGACCUUUUUCUGAUCAUGCGCAGACCUGAACUACGAAAUGGCUUUUCCAUCCUUAUAAUCAACCAUCAUGCAGGCCGGGGAUGUAGUGGAGCGGGCUUUUCGAUGAUUAAGUUGGGGUGCAAUUUGAAAAAAGUGAAAUGUAGAGUAAACUGUAGAAAUUCUUACCCUAUAAGAGUUUGACAAAAAUCAUUUAGAAUCCUUUGAAGAGUUAAAGCAUUAUGUACUCUCUAAAAAAUCGAAUAUUAAAACAACAUUUGAAAGGUAAGAGGAGUGACAACCUUUCCAAAUGUUACAUCCAACCUUGUAUAAAGCUGAAUCCAACAUUUUAAGUGUUGGGUACAACCAUUUAAAGUGGUAAAUGCAACCUUUAGAAAAUGUUGUCACUCCUCCAACCUUUGAAAUGUUGAUUUAACAUUCGAUUUUUUGGAGUGUAUACAUGACCACCAAUUAUUCAUAUUGAUUAUUUCAACAAUAUUUCAUAGUGGUCUCAAACUAUUUAAAAAAAUGAUUCUACUUUCCGUGGACAAAUACUUCAGCGUAAAUUUUGUGGUACGAUGACAAGUGUAAAUGUGACAAUUAAUUUCCUCAAAAUCAAACUGUUGUAUCUUUUUAUCGAAACAGUUUUGAGCAAAAUAACUUUUUCGGAGUGUUCGUAUGCUUAUUGACUAACACGUGUCAAUAUUAAUUGAUUCAUUGUAGCUCGACACUCCUGCACGAGAAAGUACACAUUAAAGAAAGCAUUCUUUAUUAAAUUAAUCAUUCUUUUUUUAAAUUCACAGGAUAAUUUUUUUCUGAAAAAAAUUAUCAAAUUCUUUUAUUUUCCUCAUGUGAACGUUCAAGUGUUCUGGCUAUGUAACAUUCAACCCAAGUCCCGUAACCCAGUCGCAUAUUUUCACUAGUCGAUGAACACAUGCAGUUUGGAGAAAUUUUCUUCUGACCAUCUCUUGUAAAUUUGUAAUUGCUAAAUUCAUUCAUAUUGUUAUCAUGUUGUCAAGUUUGUAAACAAGAAUCUAUAAUAAUAUUAUAUUUGAAGGAACACACCUCUAGAUAAACAGUAAGAAAUUAUACUAUUCACUCAAAAUAUCAUUAAAAACACAAAUAUCAUAAAAAAAUGACAAUUCAAUUUCAUGAAUAAAACGCUUAGUUGUUCCUUUAG